CACUUUUCGAUUCUGAUCUCCAGUGUCUGCAGUCCUCAUUUUCACAUCAAUGUCUGACAGUCACUCAAUCCAUCGGGACUGCAAAGAUUUUCAACUAUGAUGCUGUGAGAUGGAGCAAUGCUUUUUGGUUCCUGUUUCAUAACGUUUUCAGCAUCAGUGGGACUGGAUGAGAGACCAUACUGUUGCAGUGCACUGAGUGUGGAGCCUGAAACAGUUAUACAGCCUGGAAAGAGGAAUUCGCAGCAGGGAGGGGCUGUACACACGUUUGUGUGCGGCUGAAGUUUCAGCCAUGGAGAAACCCGAGGAAUCCUGCUCCAUGGAGAAACCGUGGAAGUGUGGCGACUGUGGGAAAUGCUUCAGUUUCCCGUCUGCCCUGGAGACUCAUCGGCGCAGUCACACCGGGGAGAGGCCAUUCCCCUGCCCCGAGUGUGGGAAGGGCUUUACCAGCAACUCCAACCUACUGGCCCACCAGUGGAUCCACACCAGGGAGAGGCCAUUUUCCUGCCCAGAGUGCAGGAAGGGUUUUACCCGCUCCUCCAACCUGAUGGCCCACCUGCGGAUCCACACAACGGAGAGUCCGUUCUCCUGCCUCGCAUGUGAGAAGAGCUUUGCCCAGGCCUCUACCCUUGUGGCCCACCAGCGGGUCCACACUGGGGUGAGAUCCUUCCCCUGCCCUGAGUGCGGGAAGUCCUUCAGCAAAUCCUCCAACCUGCUGACCCACCGGCGGGUCCACACUGGGGAGAGGCCGUUCUCCUGCCCUGAGUGUGGGAAGGCCUUCAGCAAUUCCCCCACCCUGCUGAGGCACCAGCGGAUCCACACAGGGGAGAGGCCGUUCUCCUGCCCCGAGUGUGAGAAGAGCUUUAACCGCUCCUCCCACCUGCUGACCCACCGGCGGGUCCACACUGGGGAGAGGCCCUUCAAUUGCCCCGAGUGUGGGAAGGCCUUUGGUAAUUCCUCUGCCCUGCUGAUGCACCAGCGGAUCCACACCGGGGAGCGGCCGUUCCCCUGCCCUGAGUGUGGGAAGGACUUUAAACGCUCCUCUGACCUGCUGGACCACCAGCGGGUCCACACUGGAGAGAGGCCCUUCAGCUGCCCUGAGUGCGGGAAGGGCUUUACCCAGGCCUCCAACCUGCUGAGGCACCAGCGGGUCCACACGGGGGAGAGGCCGUUUGCCUGCCCCAACUGCGGGCAGAGGUUCACGUCGUCCAGUAACUUGCAGAGACACCAGAGGAGACACCAGCAGAUUCCGCCGGCGACGCUGCUGUGGGUUACCCCCAGGACUGAACCUCCUGCCCGUUCUGACCGUGGGUGCACUGGGAGCGUCAGCGAGCUCUCUUUGUUUUCUGCUAGACUGCACCCACACACCCCUCCCAUCUCCCCCCAACCCCAGGUUGGCUCACGGGCAGCACAGCAACUCAGUGAUUAGUGCCACUGCCUCACAUCGCCAGGGACCAGGGUUCAAUUCCACCCUGGGGUGACUGUCUUUGUGGAGUUUGCACAUUCU